CAAGAUGCGAUCGGUGUUUCGUCACGGAGCUAUAAUGCAUUCCUUAAAUUGAGUGGCAAAAUGAAAGGGAGCGAGUCCAACACGUAUCUCUACGCUCACCGGUUCUUUGUCAAGCGGGAGCUGCAGGGCAUUACGGAACCCAAGAAGAAGCCAGUUAGCAAGCAGGCGAAAUUGGAUACCCAGAAGAAAUACGAUGUCAGCGGGGUUCACCUUCCUGGAGAGGAGGAAGGCAAGGUAGAGGUCUAUGAUUCAUGCGACGUGGUCCGAAAGAAGAUCCAUGCCUAUUUGCGGGAUGCGAACGUUACUAAAGCCGGCUUUCUCAGGGAGAUUGUGAAGACCUACCCGCCAGAACAAGGUGUGAAGUUCCAAGGCAACUCUUUGACCCGGUUUCUGGAUAUGUCCGGUGCCAACUCGGGCAACACGAACGCUGUCUUCUACGCCGCUUAUGUUUUCUUUGAGAAGCUACGUAUCCGUGAUGGUCAGCCCAAGACCAAGUUUCGCGAAGAGAUGGAAAAGAUCUGGCGCCCUCAUGGUGGAUUCGAUAUCACAACCCCUCACCAUAGGGGAUAUUGGUGCCAUGCUAGCGAAUUUGUGUAUGUCAAUAAGUACGGUCAGGCGGAGUUCGGCAAAAGGCGUUGAUUUGUACUUUCUAGGAUGUAUGAAACUCAAUACUUGCUUAGUUAUAUACCUUCAUCUUUGUAUAAUAUAUUUGGAUCAUUGCUUUGUCUAG